ACGGUCAGUUGCUAAAGGAAAGCCAGCCGCUUCCGUGUUGUUCUGGUGUUAUUCUGGUUGAAAACAGUCGUUAGCGCGGUCGGAGCUGACCUGACAGCCUCUCUGCGGGGUUAUUAUCAUGGUUCUGUGAAGCUUGGAGAGAUUUUCACCUCAUUUUUCCCGAAAUGUCGCUGCUGCAGAGCUCCAAGAAGAAAGACAAGCGCAUUCUGUGCGGUACCUGCCCGGACCCGAAAUGCCAGGCGCGGCUCUUCUUCCCCGCUCACGGCUCCAUCAGCAUCGAGUGCACGGAGUGCGGCCAGCGGCACGAGCAGAGCGGCCUGCUGAACGUGGAGGAGGUCACCGACCCGGACGUGGUGCUCCACAACCUGCUCAGAAACGCCCUGCUCGGCGUCACCGGGGCCCCGAAGAAGGGGACCGAGCUGGUGAAGGUGAUGGGGCUGUCCAACUACCACUGCAAGCUGCUGUCCCCGGUGCUGACCCGCUACGGCAUGGACAAACAGACCGGUAAAGCCAAACUGCUGAAAGACAUGAACCAGGGGGAGAUCUUUGACUGCUCCCUGCUGGGGGACCGUGCCUUCCUCAUAGAGCCGGACCAUGUCACCACCAUGGGGUACGGCAAAGACCGCUCCGGGAGCCUGAUCUACCUCCACGACACCCUGGAGGAGAUCAAGAAGGCCAAUGGCAACAGAGAGUGUCUCAUCCCGGUCCACGUGGACGGAGAUGGACACUGCCUGGUCCACGCGGUGUCCAGGGCCCUGGUGGGUAGGGAACUGUUCUGGCACGCGCUGAGAGAAAACCUGAAGCAGAACUUCAAGCAGAACCUGGACUGCUACAAAAACCUGUUCCAGGACUUCAUUGACGCUGCAGAGUGGGAGGACAUCAUCAAUGAGUGCGACCCCCUGUUCAUCCCCCCUGAAGGCGUCCCAUUGGGACUGCGUAACAUCCACAUAUUCGGGCUGGCCAACGUCCUCCACCGUCCCAUCGUCCUGCUGGACUCCAUGAGCGGGAUGAGGAGCUCCGGCGACUACUCUGCCACCUUCCUGCCUGGACUUGUCCCAGAGGAACAGUGCAAGGGGAAGGACGGGAAGCCGAACAAACCCAUCUGCAUCGCCUGGAGCAGCUCUGGCAGGAACCACUACGUUCCUCUGGUGGGCAUCAAGAACACGGUUCUCCCUAAGCUGCCGCCCCGCCUGCUGCCAAAGGCCUGGGGCGUCCCGCAGGAGCUCAUCAGGAAGUACAUCAAGCUGGAGCCGGACGGGAGCUGUGUGAUCGGAGGCGACCGCAGCCUGCAGGAUAAGUACCUGAUGCGGCUGGUGAACGCCAUGGAGGAGGUGUUCAUGGAGAAGCACAGCAUCCACCCGUCACUGGUGGCCGACGUUCACCAGUACGUCUACCGGCGGACCGGCGUGAUCGGCGUCCAACCGGAGGAGGUGACAGAGGCGGCCAAGAAGUCUGUGGUGGAGAACCGUCUGCACCGCUGCCUGAUCUGCGGCGCCCUCUCUGAGCUGCACAUCCCGUCCGAGUGGCUGGUACCGGGCGGGAAGCUCUACAACCUGGCUAAGUCCACGCACGGUCAGCUGCGGCCCGACAAGAACUAUAGCUUCCCCCUCAACAACGUGGUGUGCUCUUACGACCCCCACAGAGACUUCCUGGUCCCGGACUACAAACUGAGCUCCCUGAACACCUGCACCUGGUGCCACGGGACGUCGGUGCGGCACAUCCGUGGGAACGGGUCGGUGGUGUACCUGGACGGGGACAGAACCAACAGCCGGUCUCAGGGGGGGAAGUGUGGCUGCGGCUUCAAGCACUACUGGGAUGGGAAGGAGUACGACAACCUGCCCGAAGCCUUCCCCAUCACCCUGGAGUGGGGGGGCAGGGUGGUCCGGGAGACGGUGUACUGGUUCCAGUACGAGACGGACCCGACGCUGAACAGCAACGUGUACGACGUGGCCAUGAAGCUGGUCACUAAGCACUUCCCUGGAGAGUUUGGCAGCGAGAUUCUGGUGCAGAAGGUGGUGAACACCAUCCUGCACCACACGGCCAAGAAGAACCCGGAUGAGUACAACCCCGUGUCCAUCGACGGGGCCCACGCCCAUCGCCUCGGCGACGGGACGGAGGCGCCGCCGCCGCCGGACCCCCAGCUGCCCACCAAGAUCAUCCUGACGGGCCAGAAAGCCAAGACACUCCACAAGGAGGAGCUGACGAUGAGCCGGGCCGAGCGCAGCCUCCAGCAGAGCAUCAGUGAGCAGGCCUUCGUCUCCCAGAAGAGACGCUCCGACAAGCUGAAGCCCGACCCCAAAGGUCAGGGCCGGACCUCGUCCCCCAGCGGCUCCCCAGAAACCUCUUCCUCCUCAGCUCCCGCCACGCCCACCAAGACCUCCUCCCCCUCCUCCUCCUCCAACAAGGAGAAGAAGAUCCGGGUGACGACCAGCGACGGGCGGCAGGCCAUGCUCACCCUGCCGGCCCUCACCACCUUCGCGGAGCUGCGGCGGAGCAUCGCCAAGCAGUUCGACGUGCCGCCGCCGCAGCAGUGCAUCCGCUACGGCUUCCCCCCCAAAGAGCUGCUGCCGCCCCGCAACGGCGAGGAGAACGAGCCGGUGGCCCUGCAGCACGGCGACAGGGUGACGGUGGAGAUCCUGAGGGGAACCGAGGACAGGGGCCCCGGGGCCCCCAUCACCAGGGCGACCAGCUCGCACUCCGCCCUGCACUCGGCGAAGAGCGACGACGCGGUGACGGGCGGCCGGACGAGCAGCCGGGAGAUCCAGGAGAGCAUCGACCUGGAGAUGUCCUCCCUCUGUCUCCUAGCAACCCUGAUGGGCGAGGACGUUUGGUCGUACGCCAAGAAGCUGCCGCACUUGUUCCAGCAGGGCGGCGUCUUCUACAACAUCGUCAAGAAAGACAUGGGCCUCAUGGACGGGAAGCAUUGCACGCUGCCUCACCUGACGGGGAAAACCUUCGUCUACAACGCGGCGGAGGAGCGGCUGGAGCUCUGCGUGGACGCCGCGGGUCACUUCCCGGUCGGGCCGGACGUGGAGGAGCUGGUGAGGGAGGCGGUGCUGCAGCUGCGCUCCGAGGCGGCCUCUAGGGGCAGCAGAGAGGGCAGCCCGUCCCACGGCGUCCUGCGGCUGGGCAGCGGCGGCGUCGUCCGCAAGAAGGAGCAGCUGCAGAGCGUCACCGCCUUCCAGGGCAAAGGUCACUCCCUCGGGAGCGCCGGAGGCUCCUCCCCUCCAGAGCACCGGCCAAUCACGCGGCAGCACAGCAGCGGCGUGGACCUGAGCGCCAGCGUGUCCAGAGGAGCGCCGGACCUGUCGGACAUUCCCGAGGACGCCACCAGAGAGCUGGUCCGCAUGGCGCCGGGCUUCGUGGCCAGCAGGGACGGCCGCGCGCCCGACCCGGGCCUGAUGGAGCAGCAGCGCCGCAAGCUGCAGGAGAUGGUGUCCUCCAUCCAGGCCUCCAUGGAGCGCCACCUGAAGGAGCAGCAGGGCGCUGCAGGCGCCGUGGGCGGGGCCAGCCAGGAGCGGACUGCUGGGACCAAACCCGGCACCGCGGCCGCCACGGGGGGCAAACCGGAGGAGCCAGAGGAGAUGGAGAGCCAGGACGCUGGGCAGGGCAACGCCAGCGAACCCAUGGACCACUCCUGAUGGCGCCGCCACCGCCGCCGCGCUGCCUCCGCCCCCUGACCGCCGCCUGCUGCCCCGCUGCAGGCCGGACCCCAAAGCUUAGGUCUUCAUUACGUCGCGUCGUCUUUACUGCAUGACUGAGGAGCGAGCUGACCGCCCUGCUGCUGCCGUGGCAACCGUCACUGAGCUGAGACACGGAGGCGGUCCGUCUGCGGCGCAUCGUCACUCCGCCACUGUUUGUGUCUUUACUCCGCUAACUGUCUCACUCAGAGGCAGGAAGUAAAUCCAGAGCAAACGGAUUUAUUUCCUUCUUCAGGAGAACUUUCCCUCCAGCUGAUGACUCUCCGUCAGCGACGGCUCCCAGUGUUCCCAGUCGCCUGGAAGCUGACCGGAUUGUUUCUCCAGCCUUCUGAAUCCCUCCUGCAGACGCCGAUUCUUCCUGCUUCAAACCGGCACCGAAGAACCCGGUCAGGUUAAUGAGCGGGGCACUUCCUGUCUGCACAGGAAGUGAUAAUUGGUCCACAGAGGAGACGCCCCGCAUAAUCGCUUCCAUUGUUCAACUCUGCUGCCUUCAUCACCAACACCUGCUUUGCUCCCACCGCCUGGCUGACGAAUGCUGGACUCCUGAAGCCGUCAAACUGCGCCACCUGCAGGCAGGAAGGAGCCCCUGCAGAGGUUGACAGCCCAAAGUGAGCUUCAGGUGUCUGCUGAACCCGACUGUUAGAGACGCAGGCGAGUAACGAAUUAAAGGAAAACACCGACUGAAGGAAACGAUUCUCCUGAAUGAAUCUAUUCCAGCUGUGAUUUUAGGUUCGUUCUUCUUUCUCACGUAGGAAUCUGUUCACAGCCAAUCAGAGCUGAAAACCGGUUGGGUUUGGUUUUGGUUGUGGUGCUUUUCUGAGUGAGUCACUUUCAUUAAACACUAAAGGAAUGAGUUCACAGGUAGAUAUUGUACAGCAGUGUGUGCCACUCACUUAAUAAAACAUCAGGUGUUAAUAAUAAUAGUUUCUAUGUACAACUUUAGCUGUUUUUAUGCGCAGAAGCCAUAUUGGAUUCUGAACCUCUGAUUUUUCCAGGUGAAAUUCUGUAUUUUAGAGACGCUCUUCCUGGUUUUUCUCACUGGAAACUUGCAAAGUCAAACUCUUUAGUGUUUGUUCUGUUGAGUUUCAAUCUCAGUUUUGAAGUAAGUAUUUCUAAAACCUGACAGAGUUCUGAUCAGAGGAACAUUUAUUGUAGGCUGACAGAUUUGGGCUUCGAUCCAGGAAGUUCUUUGAAACGGAUCAGCUUCAUGCGUCACUCUUUCCUCUAAGGAGUCGACGGUCCAGAUCAGGGACAUGUUGCCCAUCAGAACCUCCCCUGUAGAGACAUUUAGACCCAUAUUGAGCAUUCAGUGGUGUGUUCAUCCACCCUAACUGCAUGACGUCCUCCAUGCAGGUCUAAACUCAGAUCAACCUCAACAUCCUCUCACUUCCUGUUAGUUUGACUCUCAUCAUUCUGGAGGUUUCAGCAGUUUGUAAUUCCUUUAAUUCUUCACUCGUCUGUUGAAUGUAAAAACGUCCCAACAGUGAAAUGCCAAAGAGAAACGUUUUCUGAUCGGCAUUUUAGAGAAGUUCAAGUUGAGGAUUCAGAUGGAAGCAGGUUGACGAACUGGAGGUCAGUUUAUGCAGCAACUUUUACAGAUGAAUUUGUUUUUCUUCAGUUUAAAAGUUGAUUCUAACAGCAGUUUGAAGCUCCUGUUGCCAAAAUGAGAAGUCAGAAAAACCCAACCUGAAGAAAACAUGAGCAGUGAAGGGAGAGGGGAGUGGCUCCCCCUGGUGGAGAGAAAGUCUCAUUGCAAAGAUAUUUAAGUAAAUAUGUCAAAUAAAUCAAGUUUAGAUUAAAAAAAGUGGCGAUUCAAAGACAACACAGAACAAAUUUCCUAAAAAGAUGUGAUUUAUUUCUCUUGUGGAUGGGAUUUUUAUUUUUUAUUUUUGAAUUGUUUUGAGUUUGAAGCUUCUUGUCAAACCUGAUUAUUUUUCCUGGGCUCUGAAAGCUGCAGUCACCGAAUGCCUGAGCAGAACUUCCCUCCAUCUGGACCCGCUUUCACCCAAACGUCUGUUUAAACAGCAGCCAAAGAAAAACCGGGUUAAAGUUGCUCCUUUGUGUUUCUGCCGUUUUAAUAUUUCACCAAAUUACAAAAGAAAUAAAUAAAAAAUUGGGAAGCUCAGAAGUUUUGCUGGGUUACAUGAAACAUGAAGAAAUAAUCUUUUAUUUGUUUGUUGAGUUUUUCUGGCGUUUGGCAGAUUUUGUAACGUCAAACGGGAACCGAUCAGAACAAAGCGUUUCCCCUCCAGAACCUGGCUCCACCUGCUGGACCUGAACACUGCUCCAGCACCAGAACACCAAAGGUCCAAAUGAUCGGUUCCGGAAGAACUCCUGGAUUAUGUCACAUCUCAGGUUCUGGUUGGGCUCCAGGUUCCUACAGGAAACUCGUUUCCACCGCGUCUUUCCUCACGUUUCUCAUAAAAACUCAUGAAAAGCUUCCAGUUCAAUCUUUUGUUUCUGCAGCUGAAGUUUGAAACAAUCAGCACAAAGUUUCUGUUGUAAUGUUUCUUUUCUCACUCUGGUUUUAUCGCUCAUAUAAACCUUAAAGCUUCUCAUUUUGUUGAACUCGUCUCACACAGUAACGCUGAGUUUGUGUUUUACUCUCCUGCAGUCAGAGCUCUGAUGCUUUUGGAGGAGGUUGUUGCCAUGACGACAGCCAGACGUGGCUGGACUCCUGUGACACCAGUUUAGUUUUAUUUAAUUUGACGGAUGCUCAAUCAUUUGACACUUAGAAAGUUAGUCUUUUAAAGAUAAACAUUUUUGGAAGUUGAGUUUAUUCUGAAAGGGAAGCUGAGAUUUGCUGCCAGUGAUCAGGUUUCUGUCCGUCUGCUGACUAGAAGCUGGUUCUGUUCUGGUUCUGUUCUGGUUCUGUUUUGGUUCUUUCCUCAGAAAUCAUCAGUUUUAAAGUGUUGUUGUUUAAAUCUUUAGUUUUCUGCUCCUGGUUGAAGUGAAGAAAUGUAAAACUCGGCACUUUGAGGUUGUUGAACCCGGAGCAGAAGGACUCUUCGGAUCAGAACCUCCUGCUGUCACCGACCCGCGGCUCCUCCGUGUUCCUGCUGUAUUAUAGUACAUAUUGUAGAAUAUUUGGACCUGUACAGAAACCGCUCCGUUUCUCCUUCAGUUGGUUCUUUUGGAUCUUCUGUCUGGUUGCUAAUAAAACGCUGACGACACUCUGCUUCACGUCGCCGUUUGCAUGAAAACUUCUCAGCUCCACCAAUAAAAUCACUUCCUCCAU